GCAUCAGUAAGAGGCCACUUGAGACUUACUGUCUAAGGCUAACAAAUGCCUCGCAUAGAGCAACAGUGGAAAAAGAAACAAACCUUCCCACUACACGGUUAAUGGGUUUUUUUUUUUCCAAGUGAUGAAUGAAUUUAGCGCGUAUUUUGCGUUCCGCCACAGAAGAGACGUGCGCGUCCUGAAUGUUUCCGGGAGAGUGAUUUUUUUUUUUAGAAAACUGUUUUGUCCGCGCGUUUGUUUGUCGCUCCUGGACUUGGCAAACUUUGAUUUGACGCAGUAACGCGCUCACUGUCAGUGCGAGUUGACCUGAGUUUCUGGGGGGGGGUUGAGGUAAACAAGAUGGCGACAACUUGACUAGCAAGAGUAAAACGAAGAGUCCGGAAAGAAAAGAACUGAUAUGCAACUUGGUUUGAAUCACACCACUGUUAUUCUGAAAACGGACAUAAGAGAAGCAGAUAAAAGGCUGCAACGGAACAAAGAUUCACACGUGUUUUAGGCAUCCAGAACCACGGUGGCAUGGAGGACACCUGAGGCUCGGCGGAGCACACUUUUGGACGGCUUGGUCUUCCUACAGAAGCCCAGCUGACACCGCUGCAUCAAAUUAGCAGUGGAAGCGUGUUUGGAUGAAGUCCAAGUGUACUUGCUUUUGUGCCCCGAGGCAGCAUGGUUCCUUGACAGAAAUGUUGCGCUACAUUGCCUUAAGCCAGGGCUUGUUGUCCCUACAUAAGGCUGAAUUCUAUUAAAUCCACAGAGCUGAGGGUAGGAAGAAAAAAAAAUUGUUGAAGUCAAUUUGUCUCAAACAAAAGGCACAACAUGAAACACUAAGACAGUCGACAUUUUCACCUUGUGCAGCUUUUGAUUUAAAAGAACAAUCAUGUUUACAAAUCUGGACUGAUCCCUUCCCAGCCUAAUUUCCCCCUUGCACACGUUCAGUAUUUAUCAUUAUUACCUCUUAUUUUCGGGCCAAACGGUUCAGAUUGGAUUUGACUCCGGCACCAAGAAGAUUUGUACUUUGUACGGGAGACUCACUCUGUGAAUCAGUCAUGAGUAUCGGGGAGGUACAUCACCUGAACUACCUGAAUGAAAAUGAACUGAUGGAGAUGGACACGUUCAUUCACCGCAUCGACUCCACCGAGGUGAUUUAUCAGCCACGCAGGAAGAGAGCAAAGUUGAUCGGAAAGUAUUUGAUGGGAGACCUGCUGGGAGAAGGAUCGUAUGGCAAAGUGAAAGAGAUGCUGGACUCUGAAACCCUCUGCCGCAGAGCUGUCAAGAUACUGAAAAAGAAGAAGCUGAGGAGGAUUCCCAAUGGAGAAGCCAAUGUGAAAAAAGAGAUUCAGCUGCUAAGAAGACUCCAACACAAGAAUGUGAUUCAGUUGGUGGAUGUUCUUUACAAUGAAGAGAAGGAGAAAAUGUAUAUGGUGAUGGAGUAUUGUGUGUGCGGGAUGCAAGAAAUGCUGGACAGUGUCCUGGAAAAAAGGUUUCCUAUAUUUCAAGCUCACGGGUAUUUUUGCCAACUGUUAGAUGGCCUUGAAUAUUUGCACAGCAAGGGAAUUGUUCACAAAGAUAUUAAACCAGGCAAUCUGCUGUUGACCACAGAUGGAGCACUUAAAAUCUCUGACCUAGGAGUAGCAGAAGCCCUGCACCAAUUUGCAGAGGACGACACGUGUCGCACCAGUCAGGGCUCUCCGGCCUUUCAGCCUCCGGAGAUAGCCAACGGCCUGGACACCUUUUCAGGUUUUAAAGUGGACAUUUGGUCAGCUGGAGUAACACUAUACAACAUUACUACAAGUCUUUAUCCGUUUGAGGGGGACAACAUCUAUAAGCUAUUCGAGAACAUUGGAAAAGGAGAAUUUACGAUUCCCGAAGAGUGCGGACCCCUCCUUUCAGACCUGCUACGAGGAAUGCUCGAGUACGACCCAGCGAAGAGAUUUUCCAUACAAAACAUAAGGCAACACAACUGGGUGCGUAAGAAACACCCUCCAACGGAGCUCCCCGUGCCCAUACCCGCCAGCGCAGAGAGCCGGGACCCUUGGCGCAGUAUGACGGUGGUGCCCUACCUGGAGGAUCUCCACGGCUACACUGAAGAGGAGGAUGAUGAGCUCUAUGAUGGCGAGGACGAGAUCAUCUACACUCAGGAUUUCACAGUGCCAGGACAAGUGGCUGAAGAUCACGAGCUAGAGCUUGCGGAUUACAGCCCACCUAUGGCCAAGCCCGUUUGCGUUAAUGGGACGGAGGCAGGGUCUCUGAACAGCAAGGCUAAAACAGAACGGCGGUCUUCAUCCUCAUCCAACCCCUCACGCAAAGGGGUUUCCACGGCAAGCAAGAUCCGGAAGCUCUCCACCUGCAAGCAGCAGUGACGCCCCCCUUCUCCUCUCCGGUCUCUGUUGUCAGCAGCCCACUUGACGGACUUGUCCCCUGUCCUCCCGUCUGCAAUGAGCACAUUUGCAGUGCGCUGAAGUUGACGCCUCACGUUGCUCCCAACGGACCACCUGCUCCUUGUAGAAAUGUGUGUGCGUGUGUGUGUGUGCGCGCGUGCGCGCUCAGGGUAGACUUGCAAAGGGGUGGAAAUUUUGCAGUAAAUUUCCAGGGAGUUUCUGGUAAACUUCCAUGGGAAAUUAAAGUUGGGGGAUUUUGGAAACUUCCAUGGGAAUUGAGGGUAAUAUAAUGGAAAGGUAUCAUGUUUAGGUAUGUUUAAUUUUUUUUCUCUAUCAUGAGCAGACAUCCAAGCAAAAUUCAGCUUUGGAAAAAUGUUACAAGAUGAAAGCACUUUUUUUUCCAGCAAAUUUGCUGGCUAUUUUUAUUCAGAAUUUGGGAGUUAUGUUAUCAAUAUAGAAUCGGUUUCUUUCACUCAACUGAAGGGCAAAAUCUGAAUAUCUUUUUUUAUUUUUGCAGUGCUCAUUUUUUCAAGCUCAGUAUGGAGCUCCCUGCCCACAAAAGUACUUUAUUGCGCCGUUUGUUUUUUUUCCCCCCACUUAAGUGACAAUCUAAAGUCACUCAUACGUGAAAUUUUGGCUCACACAAAGGGGAUGGUGGCCCUAACCCCAAAACUUAAAAUUGUGAUUUAGAGCAUUCAUUUAUUUAGCAUAAUAAUUCAAGGAGUCUUUUUUUUAUGUUAUUUCGGAUAAUGAAAAAAAAAAUGUACAUGCUACUCAUCCAGCAGUCUCGAUUCGUGGAUGAAAAUCUAUGAAAAAGAAAAAAAAAACCUUAGCAAUCACAUAUUUUAAUUGGCUUUGUGACAGUCUGUGAAAACGGAUUUUGGCAGAUAUGGCAGAUUAUGAUGUACAGAAAAAUGUAAUGGUCAAAAAUAAAAGCUAUUUGAGCUCAUCUCCCAGAGCUGCACAUUUUGGGAAAAUAUAUUUUAGCAUCAUUCUGACAAAAACAGCUAAAUUAAACAAGGUAGAGUUUUGUUUUUGUUUUUUAAAAACUCCAACCAGGCAUCCUUCCUUGACUUGUUAGUGGAAUUGGACUAAACCUUGGAUUGUUCAGCCACUGAUGGGAAGCGCCAGACGGGAUUAGACCGUAGUGAGACGGGUUCUUCGUUUCAGCUAAUUGUUGCCGCAGUCGUCAUUCAAAAUGAAAAAAAUGUUUUCUCCCCAGUGUGGGUUCUUGUGUGAACGUGUAAAAGUUCCCCCUGAGUGAGUCUUUGACCACAGCAAAAAGGUUUUCCUCAUGUUCUCAUGAGUUUAAAUGACUGUUGACUUGCUUAAAACCACAAAUCAGAAUACAAUUUGUGUGUGUAAAGAUGUUUUACUGUUGAAAUACUGCAUCAGUAAAAUAAAACGAACCUCUCACAACAGUCAAAUCCAGUCCUUGGCAACCAGUAUUCUGAGAGUCCAUCGGGGUUGUCGUAGGAAAUUAUGCCAUUGCUUUUGUCUAAAAUUAAUCACAAAAUAUGUGUGCGCAGUCAUUGUCUUAUAGUGACAGGCAAAACUAAUAUGUGCUAGUUGACAGAAGGUUCAAUGAACGCCCUUUCAUUCAUGAUAUUUUCGUGAUAUUUUCAAAAGCAUUGGGUCAGCCAUCUUUGACUCGAGUUUGAUUUUAAGCGGCAUCUCAUUCUAAAUCUGUAAGGUUUGUGGUGAUGGGCUCCCCUUCGCAGCUAGAACAGCUUCAAGUCUUGUGGGAGGACUUUCAACAACCUUUAGGACUGAGUAUGGGAAUUCCUGUGCACGUCACCACAGUGAUGAGUAACGAGAAGGCCCGGCAAAAAAAGGAUUUUAUCGGGUUGAGGGCAGGACUCUGUGCAGGCCAGUCAACUUCAUUCAUACCGAGUGCUUUCAUUCAUGUCCUUAUGGACCUUGGUUUGUGAACUGGUACACGGACAGGAAGGGGUAAUCCCCCAAAUGGUUGUCCAAAAUCUCGAUGUACCCUGAAGCAUUCAGUUCCUUUCACUGGAGCUCAGGGGGUUUAUAUUUUGGACAUUUCGAGCUAACAAUUUGGAGAUGGCCCCUUCCUGUUCCAACGUGACUGUUCAUCAGUGCACAAAUCAAGGUUUGUAAAAACAGUUGGAUGUGGAUGAACUGGAGUGGCCUGCCUGGUCCUGACCUCAAGCUUGUAGAACACCUUUUGGAUGAAUUCCCAUAAACGCACUCAUAAACCUUGUGGAAACUUCCCCUGAAAAGUUUAAGAUAAUAGAACCACAAAAGGUGGCCCAAUGUCAUAUUAAACUAUGGCUGACGAAUGGGAUAUCACUGAAAAUCAUGAGUCAAGGCAGGUACGUGAAUUUCUUUGGAGCAAUAUUCUGUAUGAAUAGCGGUGUUAGUUGUUUGUGAGCGUACUCAAUUUAUCAUUUCAAUAUUUGUAAGUUUUGAAUUGUUUUUUAUUUGCUAGUCUAAAAUGGAUGCAUUGGCAUAAUAAAGGUAGCAAAACCCUGCUUUACGUCCGGCCGACUUUCCCUAUUGGUGAGUGAACAAUCCAAAGAGAAGUCAAGACAUAAUGCCUGACGGGAAUUAACAUAACUUGGAAAAACUGGGUUUGUUCAGGAUUAUGAUAAAGUAUAUUUUGCAACCGUCCCUCGGGGCUGGAUUACAUGCAAUUACACACUGGCCUCCCAUUUUCUGCAAAUGCUGUGAGGCCUGACAUCCGACUGGUCAGUUACAUAGUCACGGAACAGAUUACACAUCUGAAGUACAGUGAAGAAAAUAUAUAAGUAUUUGACCACCCUGCUAUAUUGCAAGUUCUCCUACUUAGAAAUAAAGAGAGGGGUCUGAAAUUUUCAUCGUAGGUGCAUGUCCACUGUAAGAGAAAUCAUCUAAAAAGAAAAAUCCAGAAAUCACAAUGUAUGAUUUUUUUUUUUUUUUUUUAACGAUUGAUUUGUGUGAUAUACUUGCAAAUAAGUAUUUGAACACCUAAGAAAAGCAAUGUUAAUAUUUGGUACAGUAGCCUUUGUUUGCAAUUACAGAGGUCAGAUGUUUCCUGUAGUUGUUCACCAGGUUUGCACACACUGCAGAAGGGAUUUUGGCCCGCUCCUCCACACAGAUCUUCUCUUGAUCGGACAGGUUUCUGGGCUGUCGCUGAGAAACACGAAGUUUCAGCUCCCUCCAAAGAUUUUCAAUUAGUUUUAGGUCUGGAGACUGGCUAGGCCAUGCCAGAACCUUGAUAUGCUUCUUACGGAGCCACUCCUUGCUUUUCCUCGGUGUGUGUUUCGGGUCAUUGUUAUGUUGAAAGACCCGGCCACGAGGAGGUUGUUCCCCAAAAUCUCACAAUACAUGGCCGCCGUCAUCCUCUCCUUAAUACAUUGCAGUCGUCCUGUCCCAUGUGCAGGAAAAAAAAAAACCAAAGCAUGAUGCUCGCACCUCCAUGCUUCACAGUAGGGAUGGUGUUCUUGUGAUGGAACUCAACAUCCGUCUUCCUCCAAACACGGUUAGUGGGAUUGUGACCAAAAAGUUCAAUUUUGGUCUCAUCUGACCACAAAACUUCCUCCCAUGACUCCUCUGUAUCAUCCAAAUGGUCAUUGGCAAACUUAAGACGGGCCUUGACUUGUGCUGGUUGAAGCAGGGGAACCUUUCAAACCAUGACGUCUUCGUGUAUUACCAAAAGUCACCUUGGAAACGGUGGUGCCAGCUCUUUUCAGGUCAUUGACCAAGUCCUGUCGUGUAGUCCUGGGCUGAUUCCUGACCUUUCUAAGGAUCAUUGAGACCCCACGAGGUGAUGCCUUGCAUGGGGCUCCUCUCCGAUUGAGAUUGACCGUCAUGUUUAGCUUCUUCCAUUUUCUAAUGAUGAUGAUUUCUAAGUGGGAGAACUUGCAUUAUAGUAAGGUGUUCAAAUACUUAUUUUCUUCACUGUAAGGUACCAGUGUAAAGUAUUUGAAUUUAGGAGUCAUCCGUUUAUACAAUCUAAUGAUUGUUUAAUUUCUUCAAACAAUUCUAAAUGGCAACUGAUAAUGUUGCACUUGUCUUACCCCCCCCCCACCAAAAAAAAAAAAAUAAAAAAAAAGAUGUCCUAUGUUCAAUUAAAAAGUAAAGUCAGGGUGUGUUGCUGUAAAUUCCCAUGGAAGGUUUCCAACCUACUGGAAGUUUGUGGGUUCUACCUCUGAGCGUCAGUGAGUAGGAGGCUGAAGCGAUUCUCUUUUGUCAGCAAAUGCACUCGCCACCGUUGGUCACUUUCCUCUUGCACGUCAUCCGUCAACUCCCGACGUCGUCCGCCGCGCCCCCCCCCUCGUGGCACCUUCCCUCACCCCGGAGGGCUCCAAACAUCGCACUGCACUUUGACGAAGCCCUCGCUCAUCUCGUGUUUCAUCUUUGCCGCACUGUAGCAGAUGGGCAGAGCAGGGGGGUGGAGUGAGUGAGGAGACUUUUGGUCCACCAGGUCGGGGCAAGGCGGAGGUGGUCUCUGAGGAGAGCAGGGGGGGGGGCCACCGGCGAGACGGCGUCAUAACGACUCUUCGAUUUGAUGGCCACUGUUUUGUUUUGUCUCCACCCCCUCUAACGUAUUUGUGGAAUCUGUUAAAGUGGCUUUGGACUUCUUGUUUUGACAGAACCUUAUUGUGGUUUCCAGGUGCAUUGUGAGGGGGGGGGGUAUUAAAAAGGAAAUGCAAACAUGAUCAAUCAUUCUAUUUUUAAAUGUGUAUGAAAAGGUUUUUGAGCAUUUUGUAGGAUAUUCUUUAUCCAUGUUAAGGCCCGUGGUGUACUACACUUUGUUUUCACGACUAAGACAAUUCAGCACACUAGUAGAAUGAUCCCACCCCCCAGUACUAGUGCCACACUUUUGGCCUACUUGUAUGCAAUUAAUCCUACAUACAUAAACUACACUAGUAAUUUUGUGCCAUGUAACUAUUGGUGUGACAACGUCCUUGAACUCUUGUCACACACUGGUAGUACCAAAAUUCCCUCGAGUGAUAUUUCACAUCACUAGUAAUGUCCUACAAGUGUGCUGUGUGAAAAGUAAUCCAGCAGCAAAAUAUUACUAGCGCAGUCAUUGUACUCUAGUCCUGCAUUGUCUUACGGGUAAGGACAAAGUGCAUACCAGUACAUCUACGUGGACCUUCAAAGAUAUCCAAUAAAUGCUCAAAUGGAUUGCCAUAAAUCUGUGACACGAUGCUGCUCUUGUACCACCGACAUCCAGCAUCCAACCUGCAUGCUGUACAAAGCUGGGAGAGGAGGACUGAUGGACGGACUGAUUGUCUUGUGGGGGGAGUUCUGGUUUCCCUUUUAGUUCUGUUUUUCCAAUGAAUAUUUUUUAAUUAUUUAUAUAAAAAUGUCAAAGUCU